AUGGAGGUCCUCCUGGGUUGCUUGCUCUGCGGUCUGUUCAUCGUUCUCCAAUAUCUCCUCACAAGAAGAAAGGCCAACGGAACUACCUGCCGGGGCAAACUCCCGCCGGGCCCUGCCAGGCUUCCGAUAAUAGGCAACCUCCACAAUCUGGGCAGCCAACCCCACCGAUCCUUGGCCGAUCUAGCCAAGAUCCACGGCCCGCUGAUGAUCCUGAAGCUGGGCCAAGUGACCACCAUCGUGGCUUCUUCCCCGGCCGUGGCCAAAGAGAUUCUGCAGAAGCAGGACCAGCUGCUCUCCGACCGCCAGGUCGUCCUCGCCGUGAGAGCCCUGGACCACCACCAAUUCAGCGUAGCCUGGCUCCCCGUGGGGUCAAAGUGGAGGAACCUCCGGAAGAUCUCCAACUCGCACUUGUUCGCCACCCAGAAGCUGGAUUCCAACGAGGAGCUACGGAGGGAGAAAGUUCAGGAGCUCAUGGAAGAUGUUCGACGAAAUGCCUCUGAGAGGCCAGGGGAGGCCGUGCUUGAACGCUGUGUCGAGGACGAUGUUCUCGUUGGACCUGGCGGACGACGACCAGAGGGGAUACAGAGGCGGAUGACGAUUCAUUUCGGCAAGGUUUUCGAUAUGUUUGGAAAGGUGAUCGACGAGCGGCUGCGGCAGCGGGAGUCCGAGGGCUAUGUCUCCGCCAACGACAUGCUCGACACGCUUCUGGACAUUGGGGCUGAUCAAAACACCAGGGAGGAGACUGCCAUGGAUCCACUUUGCAUCAACCACUUGUUCUUGGAUCUAUUUCUAGCGGGAACCGAUACAACUUCAAGUACAUUAGUGUGGGCAAUGGCGGAACUCCUACGCAAUCCCGAUGUACUUGCUAAAGCCAAGAAAGAACUUGACCAAAUAGUUGGGAAAGGAAAUCAUUUGCGGGAAUCAGAUAUACAUCGAUUACCCUAUCUACAAUCAAUCAUUAAGGAGACUUUGAGGUUACACCCAGCGGUCCCACUUCUCAUCCCCCGCAAGGCUAGAGCAGAUGUGGAAAUCUGCGGCUUUAUCGUGCCCAAAGAUGCACAAAUUCUUGUAAAUGCUUGGGCUAUUGGUCGAGACCCAUCAACAUGGGACGAUGCUAAUUCAUUUGUGCCAGAAAGGUUUUUGGGGUCGGAGGUGGAUGCCAAAGGGAACUACUUUGAGUUGAUCCCAUUUGGUGCUGGAAGAAGGAUAUGCCCUGGAUUGCCUUUGGCGACGAGGAUGUUGCAUAUGAUGCUGGGUUCGUUUGUUCAUUCGUUUGACUGGAAAUUAGGAGAUGAGAUCGUACCAGAGAUGUUGGAUAUGGAAGAAAAGUUUGGAAUUAGUUUGGAGAGAGCCAAACCUUUGUUUGUUGUUAUGACUCCCAGAUGA